UCAGCCAGAGUCGGUCAGCUGGCUCCUCCAUCUGAGCAGCACAGAGAGCCUCUCCCACAGGGAGAUAUCACCAAAAAACGCCCGAGUCUGGCCAGCAGCAUCGGCGGCCUGCCGGAAGAGGAAAAGAUAUGGAUAAAACGAGACUAUAGUGGGGGAUCGGCCAUCGGCGAUUAUCGGGAAGACUAACUAGAAUAUUUAUUUACCUAUUUAUUAAUUAUUUAUUUUCCCUGCCAGCAAUGGCUGGGGUCCAUGGCUGCGGCUGCUGAGAGGCAGGUGCAAUACCAUCGACGAAGGCGUUUCGCUCCUCGGCAUGGACAAUCUACAGGCUGGCCCAGUGCCCAUCCACAGCGCCCAGGAUCUGAUGCUUUCUGCCGGAGGACAGGGAUAACAGGGCCGCGACUGGAGGCGAUAGCCCGUAACUGGCUGGAGGAGCGGGAGGAGGAGGAGGAGGAGGAGGGGGUCUUUUCAUAUCAGUUUAUUAGAACCGAUAUUUUCAGCAGGGGAAUCAAGGUUAUGCGCACACAACAGUCUGCCUCCGUUCUGUAAACCUGCUGCAAAAUGGCAUGACUGUUCUCCUUUUUGAAGGCAGACUGUGAUUGAAUGUGCCCCUUCCCCCGUGCUGAGCGCAUUCAAAAGCGGUGACACCCUCGCCUUUUAGGAGGGCCUGAAAAACUAUUGAGAGGAGGCGUAGCUUCAUCUGGACCACAGCUGCCAAGAUGAUGGAGCUGCAGAUAGACGAGGUGGUCUACCAGGACGACUAUGGCUCCGGCUCCGUGAUGUCGGAGCGGGUGUCGGGCCUGGCAAACAGCAUCUACCGGGAGUUCGAGCGGCUGAUACACAGCUACGAUGAGGAGGUGGUGAAGGAGCUGAUGCCGCUUGUGGUGAACGUCCUGGAAAACCUCGACGCGGUGCUGACGGAGAACCAGGAGCACGAGGUGGAGCUGGAACUGCUGAAGGAGGACAACGAGCAGCUCAUCACCCAGUAUGAGAGGGAGAAAGCGCUGCGCAAGCAGGCGGAGGAGGGUCAACCAGGUUAUAAAGUGAGCUGGAUGUCACGGCUGUUUAAAUGUACUUUUGUUCUUGUUGCUCCUGAAGUUGACGUUGUGUCCGUCUGCUUCACAGUCACUCGGCUGGAAGAGCGAGAGUCAGACAUGAAGAAAGAGUACAACGCUCUGCAUCAGCGCCACACUGAGAUGAUUCAGACGUACGUCGAGCACAUAGAGCGGUCCAAAAUGCAGCAGGCGGGGAGUAACAGCCAAUCAGAAGGCACCGGCUGUGGACGAUCUCAACGACACACAUGGAGGAAAAGCAGCAAAGCAGAGCGCCCACCAUCGUUGAGCCUGUACCCUGAUGGCAUGGUACGUGGGGGACUCGGGGGGGCUAGGAUGAUUCCCGGGAAAGACAUCUGGCAGGUCAGCGAGCUCGGCCACUCUACCUUCAGCUCCGCCUACCAGGAGGACGGAUCAGAGUCGGACUCGGUGGCAGCCACACCCAGCAGCACAGGAAGUAAGUCCAACACACCCACCUCCUCUGUCCCGUCCGCCACAGUCACCCCCAUCAACGAGAGCUUCCACGGGCACGACUUUGACGUCACGCGGCCUGGAAACCGCAGGAAAAGCGCUAAGCGUCUCAGCCGGAAUAUGGAGGUGCAGGUUUCCCAGGAAACCAGGAAUGUCAGCAUCGGCAUGGGAAGCAGUGAUGAGUGGUCCGAGUUUCAGGAGCUCAUCGAUUCUACACCAGAGCUGGAUAUGUGUCUGGACCCCCGUAUUUAUGGAGGAGGAAACAGCCCCUCCCAGGGCAUAGUUAACGAGGCCUUCGGCAUCAACACAGACUCUCUCUACCACGAGAUCAAAGACGCCAAGUCGGACAUCAUUGGGGAUGUGGAUGCAGGUGCUGAGCUGCUAGGCGAGUUCUCAGUCCCUGAUGAUUUCUUAGGGAUGAGCAAGGAGUGGGAGAACAUGCUGGCAGAGAACAAACAGCUCUUACAGACCAAAAAUGCUCUAAAUAUUGUCAAAAAUGACCUUAUUGCCAAAGUGGACGAGCUGUCGGGGGAGAGGGAGGUACUGAGGGAGGAGCUGGAGGCGGUGAGACAGUCAAAGAACAAGGUGGAUGCCAGAAUCAAGGAACUCGAAGAAGAACUCAAGAGGUUACGAGCAGAGGCUCUGGGGGCUUCUCGGGACUCCAAGGAUGAAGUUGGUGAUGAUUUUUCAUCGCCGAUGCAAGACGGCGACAUGACAAUGACCCAGCGGCGGCGAUUUACCCGGAUGGAGAUGGCCCGGGUGCUGAUGGAGAGAAACCAGUACAAAGAGAGACUGAUGGAGCUGCAGGAGGCCGUACGGUGGACAGAGAUGAUCAGAGCAUCCCGUGAGAAUCCUCCCAUCCAAGAGAAGAAGAAGUCUACCAUCUGGCAAUUCUUCGCACGUCUCUUCAGCUCAUCAUCCAGCCCGCCGCCCGUCAAGCGGCCGUUCUGCAACGUCAACAUCCAUUACAAAUCUCCCUCACCGGCCGGUUUCCCUCAGAGACGCAGCCACACCAUGUGUCAGAUCUCCACCUCCAACCGUACCCUGGAGUUCUUCCCUGAAGAACUGGCCAGUAACGGUGUUGCGUCUCUCCUCAGUGACUCGGCGAUGUUGGCCCGCCGAGAGCAACGCCGUGAACAGUACCGGCAGGUUCGUGAGCACGUGCGCCGUGAUGACGGCAUCAUGCAGACCUGCGGCUGGAGCGUGCCAUCUCGAUUCAAACAGACUGGUGGUCAGACGGACAGCGCUCAGGACAGCCCGCUGAAGAGGCAGCAGGCAAGUGAGACCGACAGAGUGCCNGUCCCAGUUUACUGUCGCCCUCUGGUGGAGAAGGAUCCCAACAGGAAGCUGUGGUGUGCAGCAGGAGUGGAUUUGACUGGAUGGAGAGUCAGCAGCCAGGAGACAUCGGAGAAAGCACCAGCGUGCAGCACUGACCCUCUGCACGCUGACGAGGACGGAGCUGAUAAGAAGAAGAACCACACGUCUCCCGAGAAGAGGAAGUCAAAGGAGCUCCAGGAAACAGACACAAUGAGCAGUCGAGUGUGGAUCCUCACCAGCACCCACUCUGCCAGCAAGGUGGUCAUCAUCGAUGCCAACCAGCCCGGCUCACUGGUUGACCAGUUCAAUGUCUGCAAUGCCCAUGUACUCUGCAUCUCCAGCGUGCCAGCUGCCAGCGAGAACGACUAUCCAGCCGGAGAGAUCGUGUUGGAUCCAGGUGAAGGUGGAGCAGGGGGAGGAGAGGACACCGGCAGCGUGGAGGGCAUGUUGGCCGGCAUCACUCUAGUCGGCUGCGCCACCAACUGCAGCGUUGCACGUAGCAACUGUUCCUCUCGCACAGAUACGCCAAUCAUGGACAAAGGACAAGCUCCCAUUGCUCCACCGAUGAAUGGGAAGAUUCACCCGGCCCAAUCAGCCGAGGAAGCCACGGAGGCCACAGAAGUUCCCGAGUCAACGGCCAGCAACACAGAAAUGAGAUCUGGACCUCCGGGACCGUUUACUGAGCACGUCUUCACUGAUCCUCAGCCUCGUCCAGCAGAUGCCUCUGAUAGGAGCUCAGGCCAGUCCAAGGAGGAAACAUCACACCCUCCAGAGUCAGAGGAUGGAGGUGAUGAGACCAAAAACUACACCAGCGUGGCCCCCACCAUGUGGCUCGGGGCCCAGAAUGGCUGGCUUUAUGUCCACUCUGCUGUGGGAAACUGGAAGAAGUGUCUCCACUCCAUCAAACUUAAAGACUCAGUGCUCAGUCUGGUGCAUGUGAAAGGCCGCGUGCUGGUUGCCCUCGCCGAUGGGACACUCGCGAUAUUCCACAGAUCGGAGGGUAAUCGAACUUUAAUAGAGACACCAGACGUUAGUCUGUUAGGGGAAGUUAUGAUUGCAGGUGGAAUUGGAGCACAAUGUGCGUGGAGAGUGGCCGAAUUUGGCUCAUUUGUCCACACAAACACUCUCCGCUACCGUAGCACUCUCUAUCCGUUCUCUUUAGUUUCCUUCUUCUUCUCCCCAUCAGCUCCCCAACUUUCUCCACCUUCUGUUUUUCUUUGCUUCCCUCUGUGGUUUCACCCCUUUCACAAACUCUCCGUCGUAACUGUUACUGUUGCUGUGCUCUUUCUCCCGCUCUCCCUCCACUCUCCUCCGCCUCCCGUAGCGGUGGUCCUUCACCGGGGACAGCUCCUGGGUUUGAGGGCCAAUAAGGUGUCACCUACAUCUUCUGGCGGGGUGAUCCACGUGUACGGCGACGAUGGCUCUGAGAAGAGCAGCGGCAGCUUCAUCCCCUACUGCUCAAUGGCACAGGCCCAACUCUGUUUCCAUGGACACCGUGAUGCUGUCAAGUUCUUCGUCUCUGUGCCGGGCAAUGUCCUGGCUACCCUAAAUGGCAGUGUGUUGGACAGUCCAUCAGAAGGACAGGGCUCCACAGCUCCCACAGAGACGGAGGCGCAGAGUGUUCAGAACGUGUUGGUGCUGAGUGGCGGCGAGGGUUACAUCGACUUCCGCAUAGGCGAUGGAGAGGAUGAUGAGACGGAGGAAGGAGAAAAUGGUGGUGGCGGGGCUUCGCAGAACAAACCUACUUUGUGCAAAGCUGAGCGGAGCCACAUCAUCGUCUGGCAGGUGUCUUAUGUACCCGAGUGACACCUGAGAUCUGCUUUAACACCUCACCCAUCCACCCAUCUCCUUAAAGAGAUCUCUUCUCCCGCCCAGAAGCUUUCAGCCACCCAAACCUUGUAAUUUUCCCCCGGUCAUGUAAAAGUCCCCCCUUUGGCUCUAAAACGACCAUUAAAGCCGUGUAUCGUCCCUUGUAACUAUUAUACCCCCUCCUGUCCCAGACCUUAAAACCUAGAAACCUGCCUGCCAUCCUGUUUCUGUCCCACGCAGGGCAUUGUAAUGAUUCAUGAGCUUUGUAACCCAGCCUCAUAACUACCUCCCUUCUCUGUAUCAACCUUAUAUUCACCCUGUAAGCACACUGUAUCUCUUCCUAUAUUUACCUCAAGUGUCCUGCAUCUGCCCCAGAGUUAUUCCUCAUCUUCCUCCAUUUAGUUAAUCAUCAGUGAAAACUCCACCUCAUUUUAAAGCAAAGCCCCAAAAUGCACAAAAAUAAGGAAAAAGAACAGCAGCAGCAGGAAAGGCAGCACCGGCAUGUAGACAUCAGUCCUACCAACGGCCAUUUGGCAGUCCAUUAACAAUCAGGGACUCCGUUUUAUGCAUCUACAUAUUCUUAGACGGUGUGCGAGGAAGCAGAAAGCUGAGGCCUCGGUUUAAGGUCAAAGUUCACACAAAAGUGUGGCGUUCAAGUCAGGAUGAGCAUACACGGAACAAAUAGGAAGUCAAAUUCCUUCAUUUCCAACCCCCUGCAGAAGCCUGGGUUCUCCCGGCUGCUGCUUAAAACAUGUUGCUUCACAUGUCACAAUGAGUCGCCUCCAUAAGAGUCCUGAUGGGGCUCUAAGGUCAGAUUGUGUCCACAUACAAAAGGAUUUCAACUGUGUCGAGGGUUCAGUCCAGAUCUCAUCUCUCUCAUUUCUCUGCCUGGCUGUUGAUGGGACGGUGAACAGUGGCGUGUUGUCAUCGUAUGUACAGGGAGUUGUGUAAAUCUCCACUGAAACCCAUCCUCUUUGUUCAGUAUGGAAAUUCUCGCAUUGAUCUCUAUCUCUGUGUAUUAAAUAUUAAACAUAUGUGUGCUCAGAACAA